AUGCCCUUCAAGAUCGAUGCAACUACCCUCUCCUCCGUCGUGUUUGUUGUGAUCGCUUUUGUUCAGUUUCCUGGCCGACGAACAAGUUGGAUGAGCGCACAAUAUGGCGGAAGGAAUCCUGAUCACCAACGAAUUUCACACCUGGGAGCACAGGACGAAGAGAACGGUGUCCACGAAGAGAACGGUGUCCACGAGGAGGAGCGGAGGACAUUCUUACCUCAGUCGAACACCCGGAAUUUCAACGACUGGGAGGUAUACUAA